AUGGAGGGUCCUCCUUUGCAUAAAGCACUCGGCAGGAACCGCAGACGAGCCUUUGUGAGACGGGGCGGUACCGGGCUCAGCCUCCAGGGAGGCACCCCCCGUGGCCUGACGUUAGCAGCGCAGGCCUCCUGCUGUGAAACCAGCGCGCCCUCUCCCUGGCCCGCCCACCGGGCGGCCUUCUUCCUCCCAGGCUGGGCGAGCCUGUGUCCCUUCAAGGCUGCAGAUUUGACUUCCUGCAGCGGGGCCAGAGACUGUCCCAGGGCCAGACGGUCGGCUUUUCGCUUCUUUUCACUGAGGUGUCAGUCCUCACAGCGGCAGCUUUCCACGCUCGGGAUUCCCCACAGGGACCUUGCUGGGCCUCCCGCGGGCUGGCCCACCAGACCCAACCUUGGGGCUGUGCCAGGCCUGGGUUUGGGGCACACGAGAGACAGUGUCAGGAUGGGUGAGUGUGCUCAGGUGGGCUGGCACCCUCCCGGCUCCCUCCCCCGCCUCUGGGGACCGUGUCCGGCUGUCACUGGCCUCUGA